AUGGCAUUGGACUCUGCCAUACUAACAGAUGAUGAGCCUGCAGCCAUUACAGAAGAAAGCUCUGAAGCUGAAAAAUCUCGGUUUGAGAGAUGGGAGCGAUCUAACAGGCUGAGCUUGAACCUCAUGAGGAUGACGAUGGCAGAAAGUAUAAAGUCAUCUAUGCCUAAGACAGAGAAAGCAAGGGAAUUCUUACAGAAAAUUAAGGAGUGUUCACAAUCGGAUUUGGCUGACAAGUCUAUUGUAGGAAGCUUAAUGAAUGAGCUAACUACAAGAAAGUUUGACUGGUCUCAGCCAAUCCAUGAUCAUGUGACACACAUGUCUAACUUGGCAGCAAAGUUAUCGACCCUAGGAAUGGAAGUGAAUGAGCAUUUCUUGGUCCAAUUCAUCAUGAACUCUCUGCCUUUUGAGUUUAGCCAGUUCCAGGUGAACUACAACACCAUUAAAGACAAAUGGAACUUUAAGGAGUUAAAGGCUAUGCUGGUUCAAGAGGAAGGGAGAUUAAAGAAGAUGAGAGACCAUGUUGCUAAUUUCGUGGGUCAUGGAAGUGCCAGCAGCAGCAAAGGAAAACUGAGUAAAAUGGGUAAAAAGAAGGAUAAGACUUUCAUGAAGGGACCUGAGAGUCAAAUCCAGAAGGAGAGGAAGUGUUUCUUCUGCAAGCAAGUGGGACACUUCAAGAAAGAUUGCCCUAAAAGAAAGGCAUGGUUCGAUAAGAAAGGUAAACAUCACAGUUUCGUUUGCUCUGAAUUGAACCUUAUAGAAGUGCCUAAUAAUACUUGGUGGCUAGAUUCUGGUGCAACUACUCAUGUGUCUCAUAUUAAACAGGGAUUCAGUUCGAUCCAGCCUAUAAGAGGACCUGAACAGUACUUGUUCAUGGGAAACAGGAUGAAAGCGCGUAUAGAAGGCAUUGGGACAUAUAAAUUGAUCAUGGACACUAGUUGUCAUGUGAAUCUUGAAGGGUGUCUUUAUGUACCUGAGUGUGCUAGAAAUCUUGUUUCUGUAAGUAGGUUGGACAAUUUAGGUUUUGAUUUUAAGAUAGGACAUGGUGUAUUCUCAUUGUACCGAAACGAUUACUUUUAUGGUAGUGGUACUUUAUUUGAUUCACUUUAUCGGUUCAAUCUUGAUGCAAAGUUCUCUGAAUCCUUAUUUAAUAUUGAAAGUCGUGGCAUUAAACGUAGUGCAUCAGAUGAAAGUUCUGCUUUCUUGUGGCAUCAAAGGUUAUGUCACAUUUCCAAAGAAAGGAUGAUGAGGUUGGUAAAGAAUGAAAUUCUACCUCAGUUGGAUUUUAGUGAUCUAAAUGUGUGUAUAGACUGCAUUAAAGGAAAGCAGACUAAACAUGUUGUAAAGAAACCAGCCACAAGAAGCACUCAGCUGCUUGAGUUAAUUCAUACCGAUAUAUGCGGCCCUUUCGAUGCUCCCUCUUGGAGUGGCGAAAAAUACUUUAUCACCUUUAUUGAUGAUUACUCACGUUAUGGAUAUACAUAUCUCCUGCAUGAAAAAUCUCAGUCUGUGAAUGUCUUAAAAGUGUUCAUUGAUGAGGUGGAAAGGCAGUUGGAGAGAAAAAUAAAAGUGGUGAGAUCUGAUAGAGGUGGUGAGUUUUAUGGAAAAUUCAAUGAAAGUGGACAAUGUCCUGGUCCAUUUGCAAAGUUACUUGAAAGUAAAGGCAUUUGUGCACAGUAUACAAUGCCUGGUACUCCUCAGCAGAAUGGUGUAGCUGAGAGGCGGAAUCGUACUCUAAAAGAAAUGGUUAGGAGCAUGUUAAGUAAUAGUUCUUUACCCCUUUCAUUGUGGAUAUAUGCAUUAAGGACUGCAACGUACGUGCUGAACCGGGUUCCUAGUAAGGCAGUUCCUAAGACCCCUUAUGAACUGUGGACAGGAAGGAAACCUAGUUUAAGGCACUUACGUGUUUGGGGUUGCCCAGCAGAAGUAAGGUUAUAUAACCCACAUGAAAAGAAACUUGAUUCUAGGACUCUCAGUAGCUUUUUCAUUGGCUAUCCUGAAAAAUCAAAGGGGUAUACUUUUUACUGUCCUAAGCAUAGUACGAGAAUAGUUGAGACGGGUAAUGCUAGGUUCAUUGAGAACGGUGAAACUAGUGGGAGUGGUGAAUCUAGAAAGGUGGACAUUCAAGAAAUUCAGGAUGAAGUUUCUUCUCCUGUUGUUUCACCUCCUAUAGUUGUUCCUAUUGUUGCAUCACAGACAAAUAGCACAAUAGAACAACAUGAUGAUGAGCUAAUCCCACCAGAUAAUAAUAUUAUCAAUGAACCUGUCACAAUUCAAGAAGAGAAUAGUGCACCACAAGAACCAUUAAGGCGAUCUGGAAGAGAAAGAAGAUCUGCCAUUUCUAAUGAUUAUAUGGUUUACGCUAUUGAAAGUGAAUGUGACUUAAGUAUUGAUGAAUACCCGAAGUCAUUCCAAGAAGCCAUGGAAAAGUUGCCUGACGGUUUCAAGACCGUUGGUUCUAAAUGGAUUUACACUAUUAAACGCGACUCGAAAGGUGCCAUUGACAGAUACAAGGCUCACCUUGUAGCUAAAGGUUUCACCCAAAAAGAUGGCAUUGACUAUAAAGAGACGUUCUCUUCUGUUUCUAAGAAGGAUUCUCUAAGAAUUGUUUUGGCUUUGAUAGCUCAGUAUGAUCUUGAGCUUCACCAAAUGGAUUUGAAAACCGCCUUUCUGAAUGGAGAUCUUGAGGAAGAAGUAUAUAUGGACCAACCUGAAGGAUUCGUGGUCGCAGGAAAAGAACAUAUGGUAUGUAAGCUGAGAAAGUCAAUAUAUGGACUUAAACAAGCUUCCAGACAAUGGUAUCUAAAGUUUAAUGAUACCAUCACGUCAUAUGGUUUUGUAGAGGUCAUUGUUGAUCGAUGUAUCUACGUUAAGAUCAGUGGGAGCAAGUUUAUUAUGUUAGUCUUAUAUGUUGAUGAUAUUUUGCUUGCUGCAAAUGACAUGGGGAUGUUACAUGAUACAAAGAAGUAUCUCUCUAAGAACUUUGAAAUGAAAGAUAUGGGUGAGGCAUCCUAUGUGAUCGGAAUAGAAAUAUUUCGAGAUAGAUCACAAGGUUUGUUAAGUUUGUCUCAGAAAGGAUAUAUUAAUAAGAUCUUAGAGAGAUAUAAGAUGGAAAAAUGCUCUGCAGGGAUAGCUCCAAUUCAGAAGGGAGAUAAGUUCAGUAAAAUGCAAUGUCCUAAAAAUGAAUUGGAGCGUAAGGAAAUGGAAAGAAUUCCAUAUGCAUCAGUAGUUGGGAGUUUGAACUAUGUUCAGACAUGUACUCGGCCAGAUAUCACUUUUGCUGUUGGUAUGUUGGGUCGAUAUCAAAGUAAUCCCGGAAUGGAUCACUGGAAAGCUGCAAAGAAGGUUCUCAGGUACUUGCAAGGCACCAAAGAGCACAUGCUUACAUUCAGGAGAUCCAAUCAUCUAGAGAUCAUUGGAUAUUCAGAUUCAGAUUAUGCUGGAUGCGUCGAUAGCAGGAAAUCGACGUUUGGCUAUUUGUUCCAAUUAGCCGGAGGAGCAGUAUCGUGGAAAAGUGGAAAGCAGUCUGUCAUUGCUACUUCUACUAUGGAGGCUGAGUUCGUGGCAUGCUUUGAGGCCACAAUUCAUGCAUUGUGGCUGCGGAACUUUAUCUCAGGGCUUCAAAUUGUCGACAAUAUUGAGAAGCCGCUGAGAAUCUAUUGUGAUAAUUCUGCAGCUGUCUUCUUUUCAAAGAAUGACAAGUACUCGAAGGGUGCCAAGCACAUGGAGAUAAAGUAUUUGUCUGUCAAAGAAGAAGUACAGAAACGUAGAGUGUCCUUCGAGCACAUAGGGACGGAUAUGAUGGUUGCGGAUCCGUUAACUAAAGGACUACCACCCAAGGCGUUCAUUGGCCAUGUAGAACGUAUGGGUAUUAUAGAUAAAGCCUUGCUAUUUUAG